UCAAGAUCCUCUUUUAAGGUAUAAACUGCGUAGACGAGGAGGUGAUGGGACAUAGAGGACGCAGGAACUGCGAAGAGUGAGGAUUCAGAUUGAAAAAGACUGCAGGCCAAGAAAACACCAUACACGGCAUCCGGACAUUCAGUAGAUCGUGUUCUGGACAGGAUAACCAGAUCCACUAAAAGGCUCAAUGAUGGACUGUGGGGCAAAACCCCUGAUUUUCUUCACUCUCUGUGCACUCGUUGAAGCCAAUCUAGAAAUCAAGACUGAUCUAGAAAUUUUGGUUUCCGUCCCAUCAACCCACAUCGGAGACACAGAGAUUGGGUCAGCAGCCUUAUCUGUCAGAUCUGGUCACCCGUUAUUGUACAAUGUUGUAGUCCAGAAGAAUCAAACCCAAUGCAUCAAUUCCACCGAUCCCCUGUGCUCCUCAAUGAUCAAAGAGCCAAUGGUUGACGUGUUGGUGAAUUCGAGAUCAAGUAAUGGAUCACGUUUCACCAAUUCCUACUCCAUUAAUGGGUCACGAGAGCUUGUCAUAAAUGUUGACCCUGAAGUCAGUGUAAGACCUGAGAUUGUGGAUGGUGAAAAUGACAGAAUCACAGUGAAUCUAGAUAUUAUGUAUGAUACGGCCAAAACUCAACGUGACUCCCUCAGGUCAAAUAGGAAACCUACACAAUUUAGCCUUAAUACUACAUUUACCACCAUGAUCAUAGAAGAAGAUAAUGGACAAGGCAAUGGACAAGGCAACGGACAAGGCAACGGACAAGGCAACGGACAAGGCAAUGGACAAGGCAACGGACAAUCUGCCCUGAGUUGUGCUCCGGUGGUCGCUCUCAUUCUCCUCGCUCUGACUCCAGUUUUACUUCUCAAGUGACUGAUGAUAUAGUUAUAUCAUCAUUCAAGGCCCCGACCUCUGGAUACACCAUCAGUCAAGACCUCAAGAUAUCCAUUGCGCACUUGAAGAAGGUCAACAGCUACUUUAUAUAACAGCAAAGGAUUCUGGGAUUUAAUGACAGAAUAUAUCAAGAUGAUGUUUAUAUAUCUGCCUGUAAGAAGUGUAUAAAUAUCAAUAUACUUUAUAAUAUCCUCAAUAAAGACACAUCUGGCUUUGC